GGGCCGAACCAUCCCGGACCACCCAGCCUCUCUCUCGCUUGCUCAGACCUCAGAGAGCUACCGCCUCCGCCGCCACCCCGUGCGCGGCGCGCUCUCUCUGUCGCCGCCGCCGCCGCUCUACGCCGGGUGCCGAGGCUUUUAUCGGUCUCUUCGCGAUCACGCACCAGUCUUUCACCCAGAGAAGGCAAAGAUGAUCAAGAGGCGCUACUUCAGGCAGGACCAUGGCGACAACAGCGGCUCCUCGUCUUCCUCCUCAUCGGGUUCUGACUCGGACAACGAUCCGACGGAAGAGGCAGUCAGCAGUGAGGAAGUAGAGGAGGAUCAAGAAGAGGAAGCAGUCAGGGAAGAAUCAGGAGAAGAAGAGGAAGAAGAUCUAGAACAAAAAAUUGAAGAAGAAAGUUCAGGAUACCAAAGUGAGGAAAACUCUGGGAAUGAUGUGGAUGACUCAUCUAUAGACGAUGAUGAACACAGCAGUGCAAGAAAUGAAGAACGUCAUGAAAUAAGUUUGCCCAUUAAGAAAUCUUCUGGUGCUAUUGCUGACUCUGCCAAAAGUGCGGAUAACACAGAUGAUGCUGUUGAUGCAGAUUUUCCUGACUGCAUUCUGAAAUGCAAAUCUGUGUUUAAGUGCAAGCUCUGUCCUAGGAUCAUAUGCUUAAAUGAGGAGAUGGUCAAGAUACAUCUGAAAUCAAAGAGGCAUGCUCGUUCCAAGAAACUACUAGGAGAAGGCAGGCUUAAGCUGAUGCUCAACAGUGAUGGUGAACUGGAGGAAGAGCAAGAGACACAUGCUGAGCGUCAUGCUCGGACUAUAGCUAUUUCUCAGCAAGUACAAAAACCAAAGAAGGAUUCAGGUAGGCAGCGACAAAAUCGGAGAAAGAAGAAGAGGUCCCGGAAUAAUCUGGAGAAGAAACAGGAGGCACAAAACUCCAAUAAAAAGCAACGCAAAGCUAAAUGAUGAAGUGGUUCCUGCAGAAACUUCUGAGUUCUUUUUUUUUGCUAAGUAGCUGUGUUGUCAAACUUGUAGCGGCCAUACUGUUAGGAUAUUCAAAGUAUCCGAGAGUUCUCUCCUCGGCUGUACCUCCGUUUUGACCCAAACUGGUGAUAAUUUGUUGAAAUUUAGAGAUUGAAUUGGGCCUUGUUUAGUUCCCAAAAAAUUUUGCAAAA